AAUAAUAGUGCCAGUCCUAAUCACUCACAGAGAGAAGCAGGUCAAGUGGAAGAGUCUCGGGAAGUUUUAUAUUCCACGGCCAUCCUCGAGAUUUUCAUUUCAAAACAUGGAGAACAAACAGACCAUUAAUUUCGGAGCGGGACCAGCUAAACUUCCACAGCCGGUUUUACUCCAAGCACAGAAGGAGCUGCUGGAUUACAGUGGCGCUGGGAUAAGCAUUCUUGAGAUGAGCCACAGAUCAUCUGAUUUCUCCAAGAUCAUCAACACUACUGAAAACCUCCUCCGUGAACUCCUGAAUGUACCUGAGAACUAUAAGAUCCUGUUCCUGCAAGGCGGAGGCUCGGGACAGUUCAGCGGGAUUCCUCUCAAUCUGAUUGGUCUGAAGGAGGACAGGUGUGCCGAUUAUCUGGUCACGGGGACGUGGUCUGCAAAGGCAGCCAAAGAGGCCGAGAAGUAUGGAAAAGUGAACGUGAUUCAUCCGAAACUGGAUCGCUACACCAAAAUACCAGACAGUAGCACUUGGUCGCUGAAUCCUUCAGCCUCUUACGUCUACUACUGCUGUAAUGAGACGGUGCACGGCGUUGAGUUUAACUUCAUCCCCGACACUAAAGGAGUGGUUCUGGUCAGUGACAUGUCAUCCAACUUCCUCUCCAGGCCGGUAGAUGUGUCGAAGUUCGGUCUGAUAUUUGCCGGCGCGCAGAAGAAUGUGGGCUGUGCCGGUGUGACCGUUGUCAUCGUCAGAGAGGAUUUGAUGGGCAAAGCCCUGAAAGAGUGUCCUAUUAUACUGGACUAUCAGGUGCAGGCUGGCAAUAACUCCCUCUACAACACUCCUCCAUGCUUCAGUAUUUACAUCAUGGCUUUGGUUCUGGAGUGGAUCAAGAACAGCGGAGGGGCGGAUGCCAUGGAACGAAUAAACAAACAGAAGUCCGACCUCAUCUAUGACAUCAUCAACCACUCCGAUGGAUUCUACUCAUGUCCGGUCGACGAGGCGUGUCGAAGCCGCAUGAACGUUCCAUUCCGCAUCGGAAACAAGGAAGGAGAUGAAAGUCUUGAGAAGAAAUUCCUGGAUGGUGCUUCGAAACUUGGCAUGAUCUCACUUAAAGGACACAGGUCAGUUGGGGGCAUCCGAGCGUCUCUGUACAAUGCAGUGACUGUUGAAGAUGUGAAGGCUCUUGCCACAUACAUGGAAGAAUUCCUCAAGAAUCACCAUUAGCUCAAAAGCCCAGUAGUUUAUACUUGCAUUGAAAAAGUGUUGCUUGACUGAGAGCACCUUUAAACUGCGUGACACUAACAGAUUGGCUGCAUUUCUUGUAGCUAGUGUAACUUAAUGUAACAAAACUCUAAUUCUAUUCAAUUUCAAUAGCAAAUGGUUGUCAUUGCUGCCUAACAUUCAUGUAUUUUUAUUUAACUGACCCUUUUAUUUGAAUUCUGGUGUGCCUUAAUGCUUGUAAAAUUGUAUUUCAAUUGUACUGCAAAAUGUUUUACUAAUGUAAAUGUGUUAGUAGCUGAAUACUAAAAAAAGAAAACACUACUAAAAUGUACUACAAACACUGCAGUGCUUAUUCCUGUAAACAGCUGAUAUUUUUUGAAGAUAAAAUAAACAUGCAUUAUGGAUAUUAAUACAA